AUGGCACGUUACCAGUUUAUCAGUUCGCUCCUCCUCCUGCUGGUGGCCAUCAGCGCCGUGAAUUGUGCGGCACAGGCACCACUUCGGCGGACUCUGCGCCUGCGUCCGGUGGCGUUCGCCCGGCAGGAGGUGGCUCCCACGCCCUAUCCCUCGGCUGCUGAGCUGAAACCCGCCUCUGAACAGCCCGCGCUGACCUACGGACCUCCUGAGGAUGUGGAUACAGAUGCCUUGCCGUCGGAGCAGGAGCCACCAGUGGACACAUUCGAGCCUAGCCCAGAGAACGAGGAGGUGGACACCGAGGAGAGCUCACUUGAGGCCACCACACCCUCCUCCGCUCCGGCCCGCCUGCGCAGUCGCCAGAGAUUGGCCAAGUUGCAGCUGGCCAAGCCCAAGCGGCUCCGCCAACUCACAGCUCGCCUGGAGGAGCUGCCCGUGGAUGCAGCAGUGGCUCCAGUGGCUCCGGUGGUUCCAGUAGCUCAGGCUCCAGCACUGGCCACGCCCCAGUUUUACUAUGUGGGUGCCCAGCAGCCGUAUUACCUGGCAGCCUACAACGCUGCUCCCCAACAACUGGGCUGGUAG